GCAACUUUCGUCAACAAAGGUCACCCUGACUACACCGAUGAGAAUGACCACUACAAUACAUGGCUUAGAAAUGAUUCAAUCAGCAAGUCCAUACCACUGCUGGAAGAGUAUUGUACAAUUCCUAAACUCAAGGAUCCUCUGCUUUCCUUCUACUUUACUUUACAUAGCAAUGUAAACAGCCUGCGAGAAUGGCCGCAUGAUGUACGAGCGGACAAAACAUCCAAAAGACUUUACAAGCAACGAUUGAUUUCUGGAAGACAACUGGAUAUGAUCGGAGAGGUGGAAUUGAUGUUGAAAUGCAUCCUUGUAAUUCCAUCGAGCAAUGCCGAUCUGAAGGAACAUUCUCUACCGCAAAACGUCUUACACGUGGAGAAAGAAAUAGCAUUUCUACACGAACUGUUAAUGCUGUAA